AUGAACGCACACGCGGGAGUGCCAACCGUGGGACGGUUUGUAGAAACAGGUCACCCGCUUUCUUUUCAAGCGGGAGCCGAUAAAAGAGGGGCUCCAUUGAAAGCGGCUCCCGGAUUCUUCCGAUAUGGAGUGGAGAACCGCGACCAAAAAUUAACGAAGGGGAAUGACAUCAGCUCCCCGCCCCUUUGGCUACGGUGGGGCCUGCCCUUCUUCACCAAGAAAUUCUGGAGCAUAUAUGUGAAUGACAACGGCGUUUUGUCUUUUGAUAAUGCCGUCAACGAUCACUCCGAGCCACAGGAAACUUUCCCAGUAGGACCAAUUCCUGCCAAUUCUCCUGGUGAGGUCCCACAACAAAUGAUGCUGAUAGCUCCUUUCUACGCCAACGUGGACAUCAUGGAGAGCGGACAGAUCUUCUACCGGCAGAGCACUGAAAAGGAUCUGAUGGACAGGUGCGAUCGGGCAAUCCACCAGUACUUCAUCUACCACGCUGACUUCAGGACCAAAUUCAUGGUCAUCGCUACCUGGGAUGGGGUCAGCUUCUUCGGCUACCAAGGCGGCUCUGCCCCGACGAAUACAUUCCAGGUUGUCUUGGCAACCGAUGAGUUUGAAACGUUCGCCUUUUACCGGUAUAGAAGUAUUCAGUGGACUACCGGUACCGAAAGUGGAGGAUCGGCCAGCACUGGUAACGGUGGGAAUGCAGCGAUCAUGGGUUUCAAUGCGGGAGAUGACGACAAUUACUACAUAGAGAAUCUGUACAGCGGCCAAUCACAAGAACUGAAGAAACUGCCGCAGAACACCAACAACGGCGAGACAGGCAUGUUCGUGUAUCAAAUCAGUCGCAUCAACGUGCAGUACCCGGUCUGCAGAGAAGGUGAGUUUAAAACCUACCCCCGCUACGAUUCCAUGCUUGGUCAUUCCUGGCUGCUCUUGGCAGGACCCUGCUUCGACCGGACCAGAGAGCAUUGGAUCCUCUUCGGCGACGUGGAUGAGCCCAAGGCCAUCCAGAACUGCACCUACCACACCAAGUGGAUGGUGUACUGCUUCUCGCCUACCUUGUUUGAGGUGAAGCGCCAGAUGGACGUUCACCUGUCCACCAAUGACGGCGUGGACUGGGCCUACCGAGGCAACUUCGAUAUAGUGAAAAUCGGAGACGGACCCCAGCUCGUGAACCGAGUGAACCCGGACAGCGAGUCGUGGCUUCGCGCCGACCGACCAGUCACCAUCGAGUGGGACCCCAAGUUAAUCAACUUCACCCAGGUCCGCAUUGACGUGUUGGCUUACGGCGAGCCAAUAGACCCUGAUACUGGCCUGCCCGGGCCGCCUACCUGGGAAGAGAUUGACGAGGUGUCCUAUACUGUGCCAAACACCGGCCGGUACACGUGGACUUCGCGGGCCGUCUACCAGGUGAACGACCGGAACUGCAUCGGUGUCAUCAGGGUCACGCGACGCUUUAAACGUGACGACCUGGCACUCUGGAGCGACCUGCAUUUCCUUGGCUACAUCAUGAACGACAAGUUCCAGAACGACCCGUCGACCUACUCCAACCUCCGCUGUGACGAGUUCUACGAACGGGAGGUAGAGGCUAAAGUCGAAGAGGAACUCCUCAACAGCCUGCGUCACUGCCCCUGCAACAUGACUCAGGCACUGGCCGACAGGGGGCGCUUCAAGCCUGACCCCAUGUGCAACAUGGACGACGCCGUGCAAGACCGUACCCAGGAGUAUUGUCGUUUCAGGGAUGACGUGGUCCACUGCGUCGCCAGCAUCGUUCCUUCACCCGCCGGCCAUGACUCAACCUGCUGCUACGAUGAGUGGGAGAAUCUAGUCUACGCAGGAGACAGCUCGUCUGGGAGCUUCUCACGAAGGGUCACCGUGGAGGGCAUUCUGCCGUAUAACGAAGCUGGAAAGGUGCCCGAGUUGUCCUCGGGGAUCGCCGACCUGGCCCCAUACUACAUGUGCUGCAUAUGGGGCGACCACUGCGACUAUUACCAGGAAGUCAGACCGACGCGUGACUGCAGGGGGUACCGUACUGUCCGGCCAGCGUCUGUGUACGGAGACCCUCACUUUGCGACCUUCGACGGUGUUGAGUACACCUUUAAUGCUAAGGGCGAGUACACGCUAUUCGAAACCACGUCGGCAUCCCAGACACAAUUCACACUUCAGGGUCGGUUCGAGGACAUCCUCGAUCGAAAGGGCAUACGUAGGAAGGCAACUGUACUGACGGCUGUGGGGAUGCAGCAAGAUGACAAGGAAAAGAUCAUGAUCCGCAAGUCCGAUCGGACCGUCCUGGAAGUUUACGUCGAAACCGAGCUCCUGGAGAUCGAUGACCAGACCACCAUACGGGAAGAAAAUUUCUUCCUAACCUUUCCCCAGAAGAAGGAGAAGGGGAACUUGACCCAGGUCAUCGUGACAUUCAUCAACUCGGAGAUGUCGGUGGUCGUCAACGGCACACAGGAAAUGCUGACUGCGCAGAUCCUGGUGCCUUACCUAUUCAGGAACUGGGUGACAGGACUCUUCGGCUCGUGGGACGACAACAGGGAAAACGAUCUCCGCUCCAGGUCCGGGAAAGUGUUCGAUCCCGACGACCCACCGGAGACCCUCUACAACGACUUUGGUCAAUCCUGGGAGAUAGUUUCCGACCAAUCCUUGUUUCACUACGAAAAGGGGCUGGGCCACGACUACUACCAGGACCCUACCUUCGUGCCGGAUUUCACCCCGCCGACAGACGUGGAGUUGGACCGGCCGGAGGACCUGGUCCGGAUCUGCCAAGGCAAUCAGUUCUGCGAGUAUGACCUGCAGACCACAGGGAACAUCGAGGUGGCCAAAGCCACCAUGCUGGCCUAUGAUCGGUACUGGCUCGCCUACGGAGCUUCCUUCGACUUAAUCACCUGUGACUAUCUUAAGACUCCCAAAAACGGCACCAAGACGUUCCUGAGGAAUAAAAACCACCAGAUAGGAUCGGAGGUUGAAUUUUCCUGCGAAGAUAGUUUCAUCCUCAUCGGCUCCCCAUACCGGGUGUGUGAGCCACCCCAAGUGAACCAAGGAGAGUUCCGUCAGGGCCAAUGGAGUGGCAACUCCAUCGACAACGACUGUAUCGAGAGUCAAAUUUGUGGCGGACUUCCAACCCCAAAGCACGGCAGCAUCGAUGUGCAGGGUCCCCCAGAAAACAUGAAGGUGAUCUACUCCUGCGACGAGAACUACGACUUGUACGGGCGAACCGAGCGCUACUGUGAUACCGAGCGGGAGAACUGGCUGAACAUCGAGCCGUACUGCUACCAUAAACUGAACCCGCUCGAGAUAGCAGGAGCUGUGAUAGGAGGCAUCGCUGCCCUGGUCGUCUUCAUUGUCCUCAUCGGUAUCUGCUGCGUCCUGCAGUUUCGGUCUCGCAAAAGGAAAGCCCAAUUCCCGGGAAGCAAGAAAAGCAAGAAGCAGCAGAAACGGCAGCAGCACAAGGAUGACAUGCCGGACAUUGGUGGUCGUGAGCCCGCGUAUCAGGUCAGAGACACACCCGUGGAGGUCCAGCGUAGCCAUGAGAAGACUGCUGCCGAGCCGCUGCACAGCGAGGACCCGUACGCCAGACAGAUGCGCCAGCAGCUGCAGUCGCGUCCUCAGUACACCAACGUGCCGGAGAAGGCAUACAGGCCAAGUCCCCACUCCUCUCAGACCCUGGCUUACCAGGAGAAAGCCUACAGGCCAAGUCCCCACUCCUCUCAGACCCUGCCUUACGAUGAGAAGGACCCGUACAAUGCGCCCAGCAGGAUGCCACCGCCUGAGAUGAUCUCACCGGCCGAGCCUCGCUACGGCUACACCGACCCUGACAGUGACUUCCCUCCACCACCAACCACACCGAUGGUUGGCGAGGAGAUCGAGUUGGAGCUGCAGCCCGGGAAAAGCCUGGAGAGCUGGGCCUAGACUGGCCACAAGUCCUCCCAUCGUGUACCAACCAUCCGUUUAAUCACCUGGGUCUUGACUGGCCAUUCGUCCUUCCAUCGUGCGUCAACCAUCCACGGUGACUCCUUUACCUUGGUCUGAACUGGCCACUAGUCCUUCCAUCAUUAUGUCCAUGAUACUCUUUUGGUUUGGAAGCAAUGCAUUGUAGAAAUAUUAGGCUUUUCAGUUUAGAAGUCAUUUAGCCAAUGAAGCGGCUUGUAAUUCAAAAUACAAAAUAACAAAGCUAAAAUCAUUGAGGGCACACUCUGAUUAUGAUUGAUUUCAGAAGCCUUGCUGCGGGACCUUAGAUUGUUUACAGUCGUACAGAUCUCUAUAUAUAUUUGAAAUAUCCCAUCAUAAUUUUUGUCACUGAGUGGAAUUAAACAAAAAGAUAAACAUUAUUUGCUGGCUAAUCUAUGCAAAAUAUUGAUCAACUUCAUAUAUACAUUAGUGUCACAUUUGAAUCAUUUUUGUUUUAUUUCGUUAAACUUUCCAAAAUUAUAGUAAACUUUCAUUUAAUUGCCUAACUCAUAACAGUAUAGGAAAUGCGUAUCCGAAGUUUUGUUAUUUUCGUUAUUUUUCUUUCAUUGUGUAAAACGUGUCCAUUUUUCCCAGUUUAUACCGUAGGCCAAACGUGUAUAUAUUUUGCUACUUUUAAAGUUCAUCAAGAGUUCAUUUAGAGUGGAAAAUGGGGAUUUUUUUCCCGUUUUUGGAAGUAUAGUUAGCAGACCUAUACAAUAUUAAACAUCCUUAGAGUAGCCUAACCACAAAGUAAAGUUUGCCUUUGAGAAAGGGUUUGGUCCUUGAGUUCUGCCCGGACCGAAAUGUUAGCCAUAAUUGUUUUAUUUCUACAUUCAAGUCAAUCCAAUCAGUGCAGUAGGCAGUUUGCAGAAGUUUUAUUCAGUUUCGUGUUUAAAGGCUCAGCCUUGAAGUAUGAUGGGUAGGCCUUUAGUUAGGUUGAACAUAAGUUGGGUGUUAUUAGAACUUUAAUGUUAUUAGAACCGCGCUUCCGGAGAUUCAGUGGUUCAUUAAAAAAGUUCAGUGAGUACUCGAAACAUGCGAUUCAAACUAUUUAAAAACGUGUGCGCCUGCCAGUACUUUUGAAGUAAGUCUAGUAACUUGUUUGCCACACAAUAGAUCUAUUAGCUUUGUAUUUGAAGUCAUGGCACCAUUCGCGAAAUAGAUGGUCGUACAUGUACAGCAUGUUAGUUCACUGUUCUCCAUGGGAUUAUGUAGUCUGAGGAUCGGACGGUCACGUGUGCAGAGCCACACUUCAAACUUGUAAUAAAUCCGUCCACCGCGCGCCAGCCAAACAGAGUUGCGACCGUAUUUAGAGCAGAAUUCGGCCAAUGUUGUUGAUUGGUCAAAAGCUGCUAUUUUUGUUUCGUCAUACAAAUUCGGGUAACCGAAGACACGAUAGAAGGAGCCCGCUGAAAGGUCAGAAUCUGCAGGUCAGGACGUGUUGUUUUGCAUAAUCUGCUCGAAUGUCGUAGACUAUUGAUUUAGUUUAGGUUCUGAUAUUUUGUUGCGAGCUUUUUGAAGAAGCACGUAUUCAUUGCAGACUUUUGAAUAUUUUGUGCAAAAAAUGAAGAACAAAUAUUAUAUUUUAGAAAGAGAAUGCAUCCUCGUUUCUCAUGGAUGGAUUGGAUUUUCGUCAUCAGCUUCUUUCUUAGUGGAAUGGAGCAGAAGAUUUUGGGUAGGCUACUCGCGUACAUAAACUGACAUUGAUUUUUUCCCCUGUUUCUUGUUUGGUUUCUUCUCUGAGUUUUUGAUUUUGUUGCUUUGCUUGUUUUCUAGCCGGCUGUAGUUGAUAGCGUUACAAUAGCAUUACUUGCAAUUAAAAAUAGCUUUGUUAACGGUUUGACUUGGCUAAUUGACAUCUUCGCCUAAUUUGAAAUGAUGCAUAAAACAGCCGUAUACCAUUCUGAACUCUCACGGGUGAUUUGUCAUGACCUGAUACGCGGGCUUGCGACUACGUCACUGUUUGGCAUUUAUAUUAUUACGUCAACCACUAGACUUAUAUGAUUAGCAGUUAGAUUUUCGCAUUUGUUUUUUAAAAAAGAAGUUGUAAAUACUCGCAUUUCUUAGCGCAUUCCUAGAGGAGAGAAACUAGUCGCUCAGUUUCAAAUGCUUGUGUUAUUAAUUUUUGCCUCGAAUUUUGAUUUUUAAUGUUAUUUUUGCUCACCAGAUUCAUUUUUGUAUAUGGUUAAAUCAACAUUAAUUAAUAGGGAUUCGGACUUUUUGCGCAUGCGCACAAGUCAGCACACGUGAUGACUGAUUACACAUGCGCUACUUUGGGUGACCAAUAAGGGUUGAUAUUGCCAUGGUAUCAAAGAUACUGAAAACUCAGUUGUACCAAGUGCCUAAGUAAAUCUUACAAUGGUGUCAAUGUUUCUCAUUAAUAUGAUAUGAUUUUCGUUACUAGAUGUAAAAAAGAAUAGAGACUUGAGGAUUAAUUUCGUAUACUUACAUAAAUAAUGGAUGUGCGGAAUGAAAUAUUUUGAUAAGUCAGUUUUUUUUUAUUUGGAUGUAAUUUUGUGUAUAUUUCAAUACAAAUGAUAAGUAAUGCAUCAUAAUGAAUAAAGGUUUUGAAAUACCCCAAAAAUUGCAA